AGCGGCCGCCAUCUUGUGUGUGGCAUCCCCGCCCUUCCCUUUCUCCUCUUUACCGAGCCUUUCUCCACGUCCCGCUCUCGGCAGCCCGCCGCAACUCUCCAUCUCCGAAUAGCGACAGUGUGAGAGAGCGAUGGCAACGCGCCCUACGCUCUCACUAACCUUCGCGGGAGGCGAAGAGGUGCCGCGCUCAAGAUGGCGCCGGGCGGCGCCCCACAGGCGCUGAGGGCGGGUGCGCGUGGCGGCGGGCGCAGGUGACGUCAGCGCGCUCUGGGCAUGGGCAGGUGGAGGGAGCAGGCAAAGUUUGGCCGGCGGUAGCGGCAGGCGGCGGUGGAGGAGGAGGCGGUGGGGCUGAAGGAGCCGCAGUCGGCAGCGUUUGGUUCAGGGUCGGAUUCGGAGCGGCCGAGCCGCGCGGGACAGCGCAGCGCUUCUCCGUUCGUGUGGGGCCUCCCCCCCUGAGGGCGGGCGGGCCGCGGGCACGGCGCGGCCAUGGCUGAGGAGCCCAGCGCGCUGCCCUGGUCCAUCAACAAGGAUGACUACGAGCUGCAGGAGGUCAUCGGGAGCGGAGCGACAGCUGUGGUGCAGGCAGCCUUCUGUGUUCCAAAGAAGGAGAAGGUGGCAAUUAAACGGAUCAAUCUUGAGAAGUGUCAGACGAGCAUGGAUGAACUCCUGAAAGAAAUUCAAGCAAUGAGUCAGUGCCACCACCCCAACAUUGUAUCUUACUACACAUCAUUUGUGGUGAAAGAUGAGCUUUGGCUGGUGAUGAAGUUACUUAGUGGAGGCUCUGUUUUGGAUAUUAUAAAGCACAUUGUGGCCAAAGGAGAACACAAGACCGGUGUCCUGGAUGAGCCCUGUAUAGCCACGAUCCUCAAGGAAGUGCUGGAGGGGCUGGAUUACCUGCAUAAAAACGGACAGAUCCACAGGGAUGUGAAAGCAGGAAACAUUCUUCUUGGAGAAGAUGGCUCAGUGCAAAUCGCAGACUUUGGCGUCAGUGCUUUUUUGGCCACUGGUGGUGACAUUACCAGAAAUAAAGUCAGGAAAACGUUUGUAGGCACACCUUGCUGGAUGGCACCAGAAGUUAUGGAACAGGUCAGAGGAUAUGAUUUCAAAGCAGACAUCUGGAGCUUUGGGAUCACUGCUAUCGAACUGGCUACAGGAGCAGCCCCUUAUCAUAAAUACCCCCCAAUGAAGGUGUUAAUGCUGACACUACAAAAUGAUCCCCCAUCUUUGGAAACGGGUGUGCAAGAUAAGGAGAUGCUGAAGAAGUAUGGGAAGUCUUUCAGGAAGAUGAUUUCAUCGUGCCUACAAAAAGACCCUGAAAAAAGACCUACAGCAGCAGAACUUUUAAGACACAAAUUUUUCACAAAAGCAAAGAAUAAAGAGUUUUUACAAGAGAAGAUGUUACAGAGAGCACCAACAAUUACUGAAAGAUCCAAAAAGGUGAGGAGGGUCCCAGGAUCCAGCGGGCGUCUCCAUAAGACUGAGGAUGGCGGCUGGGAAUGGAGUGAUGAUGAACUAGAUGAAGAAAGUGAGGAAGGCAGAGCAGCAAUUUCACAGCUCAGGUCUCCCAGAGUGAAAGAACCUGUACAGAAUUCAGAGCUAUUCCCAUCAGCUGAGCCUCCAGCUCCUUCACUCAGUGCUCCAGCACAGGCACCUAUUCAACUACCUCAGGCUGCAGGACCAGCACCUGCACAAUCUCAGGCUGCUGUACCUCCACCUAGUCAAGCUCCUCCAGCAGCCCCAGCAGCAGCUCAGGCCCCACCUGCCCCCGCUGCAGCUCCGGUACAGGAAGAUACAAAAGUUCCCAUCAGCCUUGUACUAAGGUUAAGGAAUUCAAAAAAAGAACUCAAUGAUAUCCGAUUUGAAUUUACACCAGGGAGAGAUACUGCUGAUGGUGUGUCUCAAGAACUAAUUUCAGCAGGGCUUGUUGAUGGCAGAGAUCUGGUAAUAGUUGCAGCUAAUUUACAGAAAAUUGUGGAAGAGCCUCAAACAAACAGAUCCGUCACUUUCAAACUGGCAUCUGGUGUUGAAGGCUCAGAUAUCCCCGAUGAUGGCAAACUUAUAGGAUUUGCACAGCUCAGCAUCAGCUAAACAAUGGCCCCAGGAGAUGAUUCCCAACAGAGAACCCACAUGUGCAUAUUUGUAAUGCUUCUGUUAGCCUAAAAAAGAACCACUACUGCCAAAGAAUUGAACUACAGCCCCCUUCCUAGAAGCUUUAACAUUCUCCUUAAUAGGAUCACAAACCUUCCUGAGAUUACCGAUGGCGUUUACACCUUUUGUAAACAAGUCUCAUGUUUUUGUAUGUCAUCUCAAACAUGCAGAUCCAACAUGUCAUUGCCUGCAUGUUCAUAUUAUUAUUGCCUUACUUUAAAGAAAAAUACUACUGAGUACGAAGCGGGGGUUCCACUGCUCUGAUGAUCUCGCCUAAAUGUUUGCUUACAUGUGGUUUCAUUUUUUUUCACUUGCUAUUUUUGCACAAGUUUUAAUACCGAACAGAUCUUUUUUUGUUGUUCUUUACCUGCUUCUCCUUCCAUCCGAAACACCAGUGUACAUGUUGCUUGUGUCACCUGGAGUGCUGAGAAAUCUGCUUCUCUUCAGCUGUCUUUUUAAACUGCUGGUUUGAAUGCUUGCACCUGAGAAGGCAAGCCAAGUCUUAACCCACAGGAGGGAGAGCCUUCUUCCCUUGUGUUUGUGUUUUGGAGAAGUUCCUUGACUUCAGAGUGUUAGAAGUCAGCUUCCCUUUGUAAACUGCCUUAAUUUUUUUUUUUUAUUUUUUAUCAUUUGGGUUCUCUCCACAUGAGUGCCAGGCAUGGCAUGACGGCUGAACCUCUUAAUUUACGUUAAGCAGUCCUUCCUCAAAAGAUGUCUUUCAGUCUACAUCCUUAGAUGUAGUUUGUUCUUAAAGCAGAGCAACGAGGCACUGCUGUCUGAAAACUGGUCUUGCAGAUGAUCAACAAACUCA